UGCAACCUGGGAUAGCAUCCGGGAUUUCCGGUAAGGAGAGCGGCGGCAUCGGAGGACCGCUGUUGGAGGACCGCUGCCUGCUGCCGUUUCUCUCCCAGGCCCGAGGCCCCUCCAUUAUCCCGGCGCCAUGGCGAUGCAAGCGGCGAAACGAGCCAACAUUCGGCUGCCACCGGAGGUCAAUCGGAUCCUAUACAUCAGGAACUUGCCUUAUAAAAUCACCGCGGAGGAGAUGUAUGAUAUUUUUGGGAAAUACGGACCUAUUCGGCAAAUCAGGGUUGGAAACACUCCAGAAACAAGAGGAACAGCCUAUGUGGUUUAUGAAGACAUCUUUGAUGCCAAAAAUGCUUGUGAUCAUCUGUCAGGAUUCAAUGUAUGCAACAGAUACCUUGUCGUUUUGUACUACAAUGCAAACAGGGCAUUCCAAAAGAUGGACACAAAGAAGAAAGAGGAACAGCUUAAGCUGCUCAAAGAAAAAUAUGGAAUAAAUACAGACCCACCAAAAUAAACUGAUGUGUUUUAAAAACUGUUCUCCAGAUCUGCUGCUGUGUUUUGAAACUAAGCAAGGAUUCCCACUGAAGUAUAGCUUACUGUUUUUAGCAGGCUGUAAUUUGAAUCUUUAGAUCAACUGAAUAGAUGUGAAACAUCAGAAUAUCUGUUUUAAGGUAAAAUCCCCUGAAGGGACACGACUUCCUGUGUUGUAAGGGCUUGGAUGGGUAAGUGCUGUGUAACCACAGUCCUGUUUGGGGCAGACCUUUGGAAGAUGGGACCACAUAAGUGGAGCAGUUCUGGCCUGCUGCUCCCCAGCCUCCAGAACUGACUUUAAACAUGGUAGCCAGCUGAUGAUGCAGAAGAAUUUCAAGGGCUCGAUAUGAACUAUCUCUGAAUUUCACUUGCUGCUUCCAAAAAUUGAUUAAAUGCAAGUAAAUGGGACCCUCCCUGCUUU